UGAUGUAACAUUUACAGCUCUAGACAAGUUUUAUGUUGCUGGAUUGAGGUUGCAGACCUUUGAUCUGAGCUGACAGCUCAGCAAGUAGAGAGUUGGAGAAGAAUCAAGUGGAGGAGCUGCAGAAAUCCACAACUCAGGAGGCGGACAUGUUAUGAUGCAAUCGGUGAAGACACAGGAUUUCAAAGCAGCUGCAGCAGGGAGAGCAAAGCGAGAGCGAAUAUCCAGAGCAGAAAAGACCAAAAAGAAAGAGACGUUCAGAAACUGCCGCUCUGGAGCAACUCUGGGAGAAAUCAGAAGUUAUUUAGAGGACAUGACAGAGGAGUGACCCUGGAUCACUGAGCCGCUGCCCUUCAUUGAUGUGACCAAACAAGUUGGAAAGUGAGUCCCUUUCCAGUGGUUCUGUUGGACGAUGGCCGCAGCAGCAGAGGACCCCCACCUGGGCGCAGGUCCGGAUGACGAUGACGAAGACCCACCAGGACCGGAUUCGGACUCUGACAGCGUCCUGUCCGAUGACUCUGUGCUCCCUGAAAGCUCGGUGGAGGCGUCAAACAGCAGCGCAGCCAACACCGUGUACGAGGCGUGCGUCCGCAACGACUCGGCCGCUCUGCAGAAGGUUCUGGAGAGAGGGGUCACCAGGGAGGAGGUGAUGGAGCUGGACGUUAACGGAUGGAACGGCCUCAUGGUGGCUUGCUGCAAGGGUUUCCUUGACAUUGUGCAUGGGCUUCACACCUGCCCCUUCAUAGACAUAAAUCAUCAGGAUAACGAAGGCAACACGGCACUGAUGAUUGCAUCUCAAGGAGGUCAUAUAUUCACGGUGAUGUAUCUCCUGAACUACUACCCAGGUGUUGACACUGAAAUAAGGGACUGCAGAGGAUUCACAGCCCUCAUCAAAGCUGCCAUGACCGGCCGCUGUGACGUCGUAGCUGCCCUCGUUAUGGCCGGGGCUGACGUAAACGCCGUGGACUCCUUCCGGGGACGGUGCGCUCAUGACUGGGCCCUGAAAACAGGUCGCUAUGAGACCUUCCACCGUCUCCGCCGCCUCACCGUGCGGCCGAGAGCCGAGCAGUUCUGUGAGAGCUACCUCCCAGAGUGGCCCGACCUCGUGGGCAGAGUGACCAGGGCGACGUCUCAGAAGACGUCCGCAGAGAAGAUCACACUGCGGCUCAAAAGCACAUUUGGAUUCCGCUUUCCUCGUGACCCCCUGGAGAACGGGGUCAUGGACCACAUGGUGCGCAUGACCACCAGCGUCCACAGUCCGCUCGUCGUGACCGCGUGCCACCCGCUGCUGCCCACCAGCCCACCCGAGGUGGGGAAGAGACGGCUCGCAGUGCCGGAGCUGGUGAAGAAACAUCCGCAGAAGGAUCUGGGAGACGGCUCGGUGUGCCACAGCAACGGCUCGGUGUCGCACGUCUCCCCCAGCAUCCACUCUGCUGAGACAGUGGCCUCAGUGUGCUGCCCUGACACCGAGCGCAGAGGCAGCAUCCUGUCGGUGGCCUCCAACAAGGUGGCCACCGCCUUCAUCCCCCGAAGCAUGGCGAGACGCAACAGCGUGUUCCCGUCUGGGUGCAUCCCUCAGAUCAACGUGAACAAGCCUACAAACCCGACGCCAAAGAAAGAGAAGAAGAAGAAGAAAGACAAGGGCUACCUGGAGCCACCUACGUGGAAAUACAAGGAGCACAAGGACGAGAAGAAGAAGGAGAAGAAGAACGCCGAGAAAGACAAGGAAGGAAAAGGGAACAGAAAGGAUAAAGAGAGCAGGAAGGCAAAAAAUUAAUGAUGGAAACAAUUAACCCCAAGGCACCCUCCUCUGGAUAUUGACAAUAAUUCAUGAUUCACGCAAAAGCAUGCCUGAAUUUGAUCUUCUAGACCACUUAAGGCUGCUAAAAGCGUUCUAGUGAAUGUUUUAUUUUAUUUGCCUUGGAGUUUGGGGACGUUCAACUUCAUGCCCAUCGGAGGAAAAACAUCUCAAAUCAGCCCUGAACCCAGGAAGCGUUUCUUCCACACAGACAUCAGCUUAGAAAUGUUUUGGCAAGAUUUCGCUUCACCUGAAGCUCUAAAAAUCCCAAAAAUACCUCAAAUGUACAAAAUAUUUAUAUGCAAUGUUAAACGGUGUAGCUGUGUUUGAACAUUUUUGGUAUCAGUAAAAACUCCAGAGACGUUUUUUCAUAAGAUGCAGCACAUAAAACCCAUGUUGGAUCAUUUAUUGACAGAUAUAGUGCCUACAUCAUCACCCAUUUAAAACCAGUAAGUCACAGAUCAGGUGUUUGUCUACAUUUGUUGCCAUGUGGAAGCUAAAUUAUUGCAGCGUAUUGUACAGUAGGUGGCUCUGACUGCCUGCAGGAUCACGCUUCUCUUUGGAGUCCUCUAAACCUGCUGAGACAGAUUUCAGCUCAUCUGGUAGCAACAUCGUGCUGCUGCUCUGUUCGCUCUUUGCUCGUCAGCAAUUUGGAUAUUUUGGGGGAAAUGCAGAAACUUGUCCUCAUGCUGCUGGAACAGAGAGGCCACCUGGACUACUGUUGAGCUCAAGUUAUUAAAACCAAACAUUUCCCAGAAUCAUCUCCAGCUGCUGCCACCAGGGUUAACGCGCCGCAUGAGAACGUUUACAGAAACCCUUCCAGGAAGUCGCAGGGCCUCUUAUUAUUCAGGCUAAAAGCUGUUCAGAUGAUCCAGCUCCUCUGAACAGCAACUACAAGAUUUAACUUUCUGAAUUUGGUUUGCAUAUAUUAUAAAUGCCACUAUUUAUACUACUGACUUAUUUAUGUUUGAAGUAUUUUUAUUUUACCAAAAUGUUUCUUCUGACUGAAUAUUAACACUUAGUUAAAAUCCCAAAUAAAAUGUGAUGGAAAACCUGUGAAGGGAGCUAAAGAUUAGGGUGAUGGAGAGGAGACCUUCCGGCCUCAUCAGCAAAGAUAAAUCGUCAAAAUAAAAACAGAAAACGCGAGUUGGCAAUUAAAAGGACUUUGAGAGCAAAGAUGAUCCCACUAUUCAUUUGGAGGAGUAUAAAUAAUAAGUAAAUAAAAAUAUUUGCUUUAAACCGAUUGUCCGUGUACAUCCAUCUAUUCCCACUUGUCCGUGCACAGUCACAGAGGACAGCUGGUUUCUAUUUCCAGGUGGUCAAAAGGCAGAAAACCCGGAACACUUUUAUUUUUUUGACUCUGCUUGUUUUCUGAUGCGAUCUCUUUCAAUAAAUGUGUGUGAAACGUCUUUGUUUUGCUCAUAUGUAGCUUUUAAAAUGACUCCUGUGACCCAAA